AUGUGUACUCGAUAUUGUACGCUUAUUGUCUUGCUGCUGACUUGUCAGCACAGCUCAGCAACGACGAUACGAUCAUCAGCAUCAUCAUCAGCCACCGCAGCGUAUUAUUACCAGGAAGUUAACAUGUCCCCAUUAUCGUGUCCACUUGGAACUUAUUACUACGCAGCGGUCACCACCGCGACCACCAUGACGACCGCAGCCGUCGAAACAGCAGCUACUACAACUACCGCUUUUGAGGGAGUUUUAUUAACCGGGUCGAUUCGGACGAAUCAGACGCUCUAUCCAACUGCAACAACUUCUCCAUACAACAUUCAUUCAAACUACAUCAAGAACUGUUAUCCUUGCCAGGGCGUCAACAACAACAUUGUUAACAUCAUCAACAACUACCCAAUCGCUAACUACAUUGGCCUCAACAACGACACUACCAGCAAUGCCACCAAAAACAUCCACAACACCACUACCACCACCACCGCCAACAGCAUCACCACAAUCGCAACCACAACUACCACCAAUAAUAUCAACAGUAACGUCAUGGCCACCAUUCCUAGGUGCGCUGAAUGUAGCUACGACUACACGUCGCAAAAACUCAUCUGCACCACGUGUGAAUCUGGUUACGAAUUAACUGCUGGUGGAAUCUGUGAGAAAAUAAAAAUUCCAGUUUGGGGUAUUGUUCUGAUAGCGUUGGCAGGGGUCUUGGUCAUUUUCAUCCCUCUGGUCAUAUUUUUGAUUUGUUUCAAGAGAAAAAACUUCUUCCGCAAACCCGGACCUAAGCCAAAAAAUCUGCCUUCGUUGGACGAUGAUUCCAUUAGCUCCUCUAAGGAAGAAAUUUUGACAUCAAAAAAUAAAAACAGUUACCCUCUGCCACCUGUUGUCUCGCCUAUAAACGAGGAGAUAUACGAGAACAGGGUCGGCCGUUUAGACGAGCCUGCCUACGAUGUAGACGUUGAAAAUAAAGACGACCCAGUAUACCAAAAUACACUUGUCUCGCACAAGGAGGGAGAUGCCAGUAGAGAAGAAAAAGCACGUCGAAAAGGGAAAAAGAAAUGGAAAGAUGGUUCGGCUGGCAUGGAGGAAAGCCAGAAUGAUGAGAUUGUGAGGUGCAAAGUAGACAGUAUAAUGAUAAACAAUGAAACCGGAAGUUCUACGGCUUUGUAUCCGCGGCAGCAGCAGCAGCAGCAGCAGCCGUCACAGCAACAACAACAGCGUAUCGAAAACAAGGCCUAUUCAGAAGCCGUUGAUAAUGAUGUGUAUGUCAAUUAUGAUGAAUGUAUUGAAUAUGACUAA